AUGGCAGUUAGCUUCAAUCUAAUUGGUUCGUUCAAAGGCCUUUCUUUAUCUUCAAGCUUUUCAUCUUCCUUCUUUAAAGGAGAUGUUGGGUCCCUCAAAUUUGGUCCUAAAAGCUCUGCUUUGUUGCCGUUUAAGGCUCCUGUGAAGGCUCCAUUACCUUUGACGAUUCAAAUGGCUCACAAGAAGGGAGCUGGGAGUACCAAGAACGGCCGUGACUCCAAAGGCCAACGUCUUGGUGUCAAGAUUUAUGGUGAUCAAGUUGCGAAACCUGGCGCCAUUAUUGUACGGCAGCGUGGUACCAAGUUUCAUCCAGGGAAGAAUGUGGGGAUUGGCAAGGAUCACACCAUCUUCUCUUUGAUUGAUGGAUUGGUGAAAUUUGAGAAGUUUGGGCCUGACAGAAAGAAGAUUAGCGUUUACCCACGAGAAAUCCAGCCUGAGAAUCCCAACAGCUAUCGGGCAAGGAAGAGAGAGAGCUUCAGGUUGCAGCGUGAACGUAAAAAGGCAAGGAAGGAAGGUAUAGUUGCUCAGCCACAGCUAGUACUCGCCUCCAUUGCCAACGCCGCCGAUAGCAACCCAGUGUGCUGA